AUGGCACCUCCUUCCACUCUGGAGCUGAUCUCUCUGCCCGGACGCGGUCGUGCCGAGACCAUUCGGCUACUGUAAGUUUUAAAGGGACCGGAACGUGGGACUCAUGUCAAUUUCAGUUUGGUGUUUGCGGACCGAAAGUUCGUCGACACUCGGAUGACGAUUGCUCAGUGGAGGGCCAGACGGAAAAUGGGUAAGAGGGUCUAGGCAAAAGUUGGGCUAUCCGUUUCCGUUUCUUCUUUCAGAAGGCUUCAACGAGGACACGAAGCUGCCGGUGAUGAAGAUCAACGGAAGCCGCACCAUCAUCGGAGUCAUCGACAUUUGCCGUCACAUUGCGCUUCAGUACGGACUGUACGGAAGUUCGAGUGGCGAUCAGGAGAAAAUCGACGAGGUCAUUCAGAAGUUGGAGGAGCUGAACACGGCGAUGAACCCGAUUCUGAGAGCGGUGCUCACGAAGAACUACGAUGCGAGGGUAUGAAACUCCAGAGCUUGCAAUAGGUGCAAGCGUGCGACAUUUUGGCGCGAAAUUAGCCACGGAAAAUCAUAAAUUUCUCACUUUUGCUCUUGGAUACAACAUUUAAUAGGUAAACACGAACUUUUUAAGCGCUUGAGCGUGAAAUUUGGUCGAGUCACAAUUGAGAUUUAUCCGUUUGACGUUUUACGGCUAAAAAUGUGUGAAUUUCAGUUGUUUUUCGGGAAUUUUUGUUGUUCGAGCGCUUGAAAUGCUUGUGUUUACGUGAUUGCUGACUUUCAAAAUCAAUUUUGUCUGAAAACGGUUCAAAAUGCGCAAAAUGAUAUGUUAGGUUUUUCGGCGACGAUCGGCGGCGGAAGAUGUACCAAAACGUCAGAAAUUUCGAGAAACACCGGUGUUUUCGUGUCAAAGUAUAGAUUUUCAUAGCUUUUGACAGCAAAAAGCAGAAAAACGCCAUUUAGGAGACCAUGAGAUUCCGUUUUUCAGAAAGAGUGCUGGAAUGUGUUCAAAGAAGAGUCGCUGUUUCCGUUGCUGCGAAAGUACGAGGAGUUGCUCGGCGAGCAGCGAUUCCUCGUCGGCAGUCAGUACACGUGGGCGGACAUCGCUCUCAUCGAGUUCCUGACGCGUUGCCAGCAGUGCUACGACAGUUUCUACCUGGCGCACUUCGAGCGCCUCCGCACAUUCUGCCAAGUCUUCGAGAGCCUUCCGCACAUUCGUCCGUACAUUCAGAGCCGUGUCGACUCGUUUUUUUGA